CCCCCUCUUCGUUUUUUGUCUUUCUUUGAACCCACACAAACAAAACAGCUUCGGCUGCAUUUUCAAUUAAACGACGUAACAACAAAGAUAGAUCAUUGUGCUGAAUUCUAUAGGCCGCGGACUGUUUCCCCAUCGCCAUUUUCAGCCGCCAGACGGCCCGGUGUCAUAAUGGACACCGACUACUCGUCCGGCUUGGAAAACCCUCUGUUCACCGAGCUGAAAUACUUCUGUAGGAAGAUAAAGGAGGCCUACAACGAGCUGAAGGAGGACCUGACACCUUACCGGGAUGAUCGCUUUUACAGAUUGGCCCCUAUGCGGCUCUACACCCUGUCCAAAAGACAUUUUGUCUUGGUCUUCGUGUUUUUCCUGAUCUGUUUUGGCCUCACAGUCUUCAUUGGGAUUGCAGGUCCUAGGAUUAUUGCUGAGCAGGAAUACAGUGUGGAUCAGUUACUUAUCAAAAACUUCUCCGUUAAGACCGGGCCCUUCAAUCUACUUUCUCCUCCUCUCACCACCUACAACCAGCAGCUAUGGCUCACCUGUGUGAUGCAUGCUGAAAACAGCAAUAUGGGAGACUUCCAGCAGCCUUUCGAAUUCAAUGUUGAACUAAAGGGAGUGAUGCAGGACGCCAGCGUGAUGCACAUCAGCAACAUUCUCCAGAAAUCCCGAACGCUACACUGCGGGGCUAAAUGUGAUGAGAUCAUUGUGCUCCACCUUGGCUAUCUAAACUACACCCAGUACCAGGUCAUGGUCAGCUUCAAAGGCCUUGAAAAUAUCACGUAUGAAAUCAAAAUCAAGUUUGUGUGGAAAACCUACAACCCCACCUUCUCGCAAGUGGAGAUCUGGUUUCGUUUUGUCUUUGUGGUGUUGACCUUUAUGGUGACGUGUAUGUUUGCACACUCACUGAGGAAGUUCUCUAUGAGGGAUUGGGGCAUAGAACAGAAGUGGAUGUCUAUCCUGCUCCCUUUACUGCUGCUCUACAAUGAUCCAUUUUUCCCACUGUCAUUCCUGGUGAACAGCUGGUUUCCAGGCACCUUGGACGCUUUCUUCCAGGCUCUGUUCCUGUCCGCCCUGCUGCUCUUCUGGCUCUGUGUUUAUCAUGGCAUCAGGGUUCAGGGAGAGAGGAAAUUUCUGACAUUCUACCUGCCUAAGUUGAUCAUUGUAGGUCUUCUGUGGCUUUCAGCAGUUACACUGGGCAUAUGGCAAACAGUUAAUGAACUCCAAGACCCUACAUAUCAGUAUAAAGUCGACAUAGUGAACUUUCAGGGCAUGAAGGUCUUCUUCCUGAUUGUAGUUGUCCUCUACAUCCUCUACCUGAUCUUCCUUGUAGUCAGAGCUUGUUCUGAACUCAAGAACAUGCCUUACUCAGAUCUCCGGCUCAGGUUUUUGACAGCAUUGACGUUUGUGGUCCUUGUUAUAAGCAUGGUCAUUCUCUACCUGAGGUUUGGUGCCAAGGCUCUCCAAGACAAUUUUGUCGCUGAACUAUCUACUCAUUACCAAAACUCAGCUGAAUUUUUAUCUUUCUAUGGCCUACUCAACUUUUACUUGUACACAUUGGCAUUUGUGUAUUCCCCCUCCAAAAAUGCACUUUAUGACUCCCAGUUGAAGGAUAAUCCUGCUUUUUCCAUGCUGAAUGACUCAGAUGAUGAAGUAAUAUAUGGGAGUGAUUAUGAAGACAUGCCUUUACAAAAUGGACGCGCGAUCAAAGCAACAACGAAGUACCAGGAUGAGAGUGACAGUGACUGAUGAGAUCUCUGAGUGGCUUGUUGGUCCUCUUUUGUGUCCUGGUUGAAAACUAUGACAAAACAAUACAACUGACUAUCACAUGUAUGUUUGAAUAAGGAGUACCUGCAUUGGCAGUAGGAAAUGAAAAACUGUAAGUGUACAAAACUAUAUUUUAAAAAGAAAAAAUCCACUGAAUGUACUGUACUUUUACUGAAAGUUGGGGGAUGUUGCCACUCACUUUUCCUUCAUUGUUUAUGCUUUCAGUCACAUUGAAAAUUUAAAAGAAACAAAACUGAUGUGAAACAAUACACCAUUUUUACCAGUUUGUAAACUAUUUUCCUCAUAACCAGUAUUUCUUCACAACAUGAUAGUUAGAAAUGAUCGGGAAAAGUGCUAAUAUUAAUUGGGGAUUUUUGUUGUGUGAAGUCAAUUUUUUAUUUGAAUGCUUUGCUUUGAACCACUGAAAAAACAGAGAGCCUUAGCUGGAGUAGGUACCACUUCUUUCUUACCACUCCUCUUUCCAACUCUUUCCUUGAAAAGCAGCUUUGUAAUUGCUAUUGUUUAAAAAUUUAAUUUAUUUUGCUGAAAACACAUUUGAUACUGUAUUAUCUGACUACAUGGAUGAAUGGCUUUUGAUGAAUUGUGUGGAUUUUACACAACUUUAUGUAAAUGUUUAUGUAAAUGAUCUACUGAUUUAUCAUGUAACACAUUUCUUAUCGCCGCAUAUACAGUAGUUAUACCAUUGGCCAAAUAUAUUUUGUCUUUUGUAGAACAUAAUACUUUAAGUAUUUUUUUUUUCUGCUGUAACUCUCCUAUAUUGCUUACAAUGUGUGACUUGCUGUCCUUUCCAUUAUAUUUUAAAAUGGGAGUUAAGGACAAAAACAGCAAAAAACAAAUGUGUUUCCAUUCUCUACAAAUAUCGCAACAUGUAUUCUCAUUAAGAUGGUGCCUUGUCUUUAAAUUUCUUCUUCAUGGGCCAAAGUCUCAAAUGUAUAUAUGCUUUGGCACAAAUUUACAUUUUGGACUAUUUCAUUGUGAAUGUAAUUACAAUGGUUUAAGGUGUUUAAAUGAGAUUGAUUUUUGUCGCUUCAUGCGAUGAAAGCUGUACAUGUAGCACUCUGUCAUUUCACAUGUAAAUAAAGCAAAGUAUAUAAAGCA